UUCUAUGUUCAGUCUAAGAAAGGCAAAUUUGUCACACAAGGCAAACUGACGAAACGUAUUUAGGAGCAAACAUUACUUGAAGCGGUAACAUGUGUAACACUAACCCUAGUGCUGUGUUGAUACCUUAUGGACUAAAGGUACCCAACCCAACACCGUACAUGCCUUUUGGUUCUAACGUAUCUCAGAUGGCUCUGGACCUACAGCGCGCUCAGUUUUACGACUACAGUACCCGGCUACAAUACGGCCUUAGGGCAGGGUAUCCAAACUCCCUGGGUUUGACACCCUACCACGCUCAUCCUGGCACCGACCCUUACAUGCACCCAUACCUGUACAAGGAUCCAAGGGCGCGUUAUAUUCACGAGGAACCCAAACCUAACCAUAGCUAUAUCGGACUUAUCGCCAUGGCCAUUUUAAGUCACAGAGAUAAAAAGUUGGUUCUCAGUGACAUCUACCAAUGGAUAUUGGAUAAUUAUGCUUAUUUUCGAACAAGAGGCCCUGGAUGGAGAAACAGUAUCCGUCACAAUCUCUCACUGAAUGAUUGUUUUAUAAAAUCUGGACGGAGUGCUAACGGAAAAGGCCACUACUGGGCAAUACAUCCGGCCAAUCUCGAAGAUUUCCAAAAAGGGGAUUUUCGUCGAAGGCGUGCUCAGAGAAGGGUGAGAAAACAUAUGGGACUCUCUGUACCAGAUGAUGAGGAAAGUCCAAGUCCCUCGCCGACAUCCACAUCAAUAACUUGGGACGAAACUGACCCCAUUACUCUCGAGUCUGACGAUAAACGGGAUUUGGACGGAACAAGCGACAAAUCUGAUACUGGUGUACACAAUCCGGACACUAUAAACUCUAUGAACAUGGUUGUAGUUGAAAAUACUAUAAAUACUCACCAACAAACAAGAACAAAGAAAAGACUUUUUGACGUAGAAAGUCUCCUAGCGCCGGAUAAUGUUGAUACUAAAAGGCACUGCGUAGACGGAACAAGAUUCCGGACGAUGGAACGGAAAUCAGAAAGUGAGGAGGAUGUCCCAUUGGAUGUUGGCACAGACAAUUUACAGAAUACGGACAUCGAAAAUGAUCAAUCACCAAAGGAUUUGUCAUUACAAAACACAGAAAACUUUGAUGGAAAUACUGACAAGGAAAACAUUGCACGCGAGACAGGUACGACUGUCCCUGGUGAAAGGUAUGGUGACGCCACACAAGCAGGGGAUAAGGACAUGCUAAGACAAACAAGCAUGCUUUUUAGUUCUGGAGGAAAUGACAGUGUCUGGAAACAUGGGUGCAAGAACUUUUCACUAAUGGCAUCCCGACCGAGCGCUUUCCAUAAUGCCAGAAUGUGUUCUUGGGGAUCAAUUUCACCUUAUCUUGCUACAUAUCCCUUGGUCAGUAUGAAGGGUCACUACCCUCUCGUAAUUCCGAGGUCAAAUGUUACUAUGGACACUGCGCAAAAAUGGCAGGAAACUGUCGCUCAAUUGACCACAAACAAUCAGGAGGAAAAGGCAGUUUCGUCGGAUGAAUAACAUAACAUUUUAUCACUAGUGCUUACUAGAGACUGAACUCAGAGACCAUUUGUGCAUGUAUGGUGAAAGUGAAAAUUAGAAGGUAUGAUAGAAAAGUUAAAAGAUUAACGUGUUAUCUGUAAUAGUCGUGACAAUUGUUCAAUAUUUAAUAUUGUUAAAUGAUAAAAAGAACCACAUAUAUCUAUAUUAAGCUUGGUGCUAGGAUGGGUAAUUAUGUUGUUUCCAGAAUCGUAUAUGUCUGUAUCAGUGUGAAAUGUACAUUUAAACAUGCCUCUCAUUUAGGUAUAAAACACUGUCUAACCCAACGUAAAAGAAUAAAUUACAAAAAUAAGAAAA